UCGACAGACUGGACGCAACUCCUCACGCUCCGGGAAUGGGAUCUUUACUUGAUUCAAAGAAAAACUUCCAGUUCUUCCGAGUGUACGCUCUGCAGAAGCUACUUUUCAAACUGCGAGGAUAGUUGUUACUGCAGGUGCAGGGUGACCGCAGCCAGGAGCCACCGGCCAAUGAUCUCCAAGACGCAUCAAACCUAGUCUGAUUGUCUUAGUUUCAGACGCCAGGAGUCAAGCACAGUGAAGUGAGCUCUGCUAAAUUCGAUCACUUCGAUAUUAAUGCAAGGAAAAGUGACUUCUGAGAAAGCGAAAUACGCGUGCGUAAAGUUGGUGCCGUUACGCGCGGUUCAAAGUUAGUUAAACAGGACAACAAAUGCAAGAAGGUGUUAAAGAUCGCAGAUUUUUUAGCGUUUAGUAACUGUGAGAAGUGGUAACCAUUUGACAAUCAUGGCAAAAUGGUUCAGAGAUUUCCCCAUCAACCUGAAGAACGGAAGUGAAAGGGUCCGCUCGGCCUCUGAAUCAGGUCCCCAAACUCGACCCAAACCUUCAUUUUCACGGGACAGUUUGAAAGGGAAUCAGCGCAAAGAUGGGGGAGUGGGGGGUUUAUUGGCUGGGAGAAACAGGAAAAACUCUGCCACGGAACUGGGUCGCAACACCGCUGGCUCUGGGGGGACCAUGUGGGACAGUCUCGCUCCUGGGAAAGGUCGCAAGAACUCCAAGAACGAGAGCGGGGCACCUGAUGAGAACCGCCAGAUCAGAACCACAAGCCUGGCCCAAGCCUACAUCAGCAGGAUGAUCAAAGUGGACAAACAGGACAAGACGCCCAAACUCAACGGGAUAAGUGAGCAGAAGCUGCCUGAGAACGAGAAGGGAAAGUCAGACAUUAAAACAACGCUGAUCAUCCUUGAAGAUUAUGCAGAUCCUUUUGAUGCGGAGAAAACCAAAGAGCAGAGAGAGGCCGAGAGGGCUGGAGUAAAUGAUGGGUACAUGGAGCCUUAUGAUGCCCAGGUCAUCAUCACAGAGGUUCGUAGACGAGGGUCCAAGGACCUCCUGAAAGUGUGUGUUCUGCUGGACCGAGGUCAAAGAGAGGCAAAGAGGGAGGAAGGCACGCCUCCACCUCCAAAUAUCUACGACACACCCUAUGAGGGCGGCCUGGAGGGCGACAGUGACGGGGUGUGGAUCCCUGUCACACGACCCGAGUCUGAUGUCCGCCCAGCCGGGGAGUACGAGCUGCCCUGGGAGUGGAGAAAGGAGGACAUUGUUCGAGCGCUGUCAGCUCAGUUCGAGGCGGUGGAUUGUUCUCCCACUAAAGAGAACAGUUCGACCUCCGGCCGCCAGCAGCAGCAGCAGCAGCAGCAGCAGCAGCACUCCCUGAGGCAGAAGAGCUGGAGCCAUAAGACCCUUGUCUCCUCCUCUCCGUUAUCCUCCUCCACCCCGUCCUUUCCAUCCUCUCCUAUUCUCAAACUCUCCCCCCUCUCAACACCGUCCCCCUCCUUCCCCACCCUCAAACUCUCCCCUCUCUCGCCGUCCUCUAGCUCAAAUAAACUUUCCCCUCCCUCUCCUACGUCCCUUAAUGCCCCACUGGAUGGGGAGGCUGUCAAAAUGGACCCCGGUCUGCCCCUGGAGAAGCAGAGCUGGUACCACGGCAGUGUGAGUCGGCAGCAGGCUGAGGCUCAGCUGCAGCGCUGCAGGGAAGCCAGCUUCUUGGUGAGAGACAGCGAAUCAGGAACCAGCAAGUACUCCAUCGCUCUGAAGACCAGUCAGAGCUGUGUGCACAUUAUCGUGGCUCAGACUAAGAGCAGUAAGGGCCUGGGCUACACGCUGGAUCAGAGUAGCUGUGUCUUCUCCAAUAUCCCUGAGCUGGUCUACCACUACUGCACUCACAGAUUGCCUUUCACCGGAGCCGAGCACAUGACCCUGCUGCAUCCUGUGCCCAGGCCGCACUGAACAUGGCCGAAGAACAGAUGCAUCUGGAAAUGUCAGCAGCGGAGACAAGCACCCACAAUGCACACAGCAUCAUAGAAACACGUGAACACACAAACUCCACCACCUGCUGUUUGGAAUUGUCUUGUACUUGUACUACCUUGAUACCUUGAUGCCUUUUUUUUUUCCAUGUUUGGAGCUCUUCCAUGCGCCACCUUGUGGUUCAUAUCAGAUGAUGCCACAGUCUGCAUUGCUGUGAUGUUGACUAUUCUUUCUAAAAGUCUCUUAAAAAUGCACCAACACACACAUGUGAACCCAGUUUGUUCCAAAGUUUGACAAAAAGCAUUUCUUAACAUCCAGGUAAGCUGCAUUCCUUGACUCCUAGAAUAAAAUCAUGACUUGGAGUACUUUAUUUUAUUCAGAUUUAUCUCAAAAAGAGAGCUAUAAUUUUCUCAUUUGAUGGUCUCACACAAAAAGUGCUGACAAAAUCAAUUAGCGGCGUAAAGUUUGGCCUGUAAGAUCAAUAUACUUGAUUGGAGUAUAUUCAAUUGUCCAUCUGACAUGUCAAUCAGCUCAUUGAUCCUUUGAAAAUCGGGCUCAUUUGCCGACCACUCUGUCUGUCAAGAGAAAGGGUUUUAUUGAUUAAAUGCUUAGAGCGAGUGUAUAGUGGGAGGGGGUCUCAUAACACAGCAGUGCACAGUCAGCAAAAGUGUGUGUAGGUGUGCAAAUAAAGAUGUGAAUAUUCACUUGUCUUUGUGGAGCUCCGUGUCUUUAUACAGAAGCGAUCUGAAUUUAUUGUGAAUAACUCGAUGUGAUUUAAUCUGAAAAUCUAUAUGCAUUAAUGAUAUAUGUAUGAAAUGACUGUUUUGUUGAAUGCCGAUCUCACUGAGAUGAGAGCUGUAUAUUAUUGUUGAAAAACAUUUAUUCGGUUAAUAAAGUACAAUUA